AUGGGUGGCUUUAUCGUUGUCGGCAUCAGCGCUUGGGGCCUUUUGGCCGGAAGAUGGUUUCAGCAGUUUCGCCCGGUGCGAAGGCUCGGCCAGUGGUUGGAGAUGCGGAGCGCCGCCGGCGGUCAAGAUCUUGAACGCGGGUGGGAGAGCGGUCUAAUCAGCCGUGGGCCCACUAGGAAAGCUAUCGAGGAGCCUGAGGUAUUGGGUUUCAGCGGCGUCAUGAUUGUUGUUGACCAGAAACCUGUGGCCCCUCCCGCCCCGAAACCAUCAGCGAUUGAGCUGGCACCAGCCGCGCCACGCCACAUACCAGUAGAGAAAUCUGUGAUUAUGGGACCGACUGCAGAGGAGAUAGAGGAGCUAAGAGCAGGGUGUAGGAGGAUUGAGGAUAUCAGGUCGAGGAUCCAGGGCCGAAUGGUGGAGAUGAAAGUAGAGAUUGAGAGAAUAGGUGGUGGUGAUAGAUAUCGACCUGUGCCGUAA